UCGGCCGAGGGACCCCGCGGAGUCGGGGCUCAGCCAUGGAUCCCGCCGCCUCCCGCACAGCCGCCCCGCAGCGGGCGCUGCUCUCGUCCGCGGGUUGGGCGCUGCUGUGGCUCGGCCCCGUGUACCUGGCGGGGUACCUGGGGCUGAGCGGCAGCUGGCUGCUGCUGGGGCUGGCGCUGGCGCUGGGUUGGGCGCGCAACCGGCGGGGAAAGCGCGAGCGGCUGGCGGCAGCCUCGGUGCUGCUGGAGGACGAGCGGGAAGCGGUGCGGCGGGGCCUGGCCGCCCGGCACCUGCCGGCAUGGGUCCAUUUCCCUGAUGUUGAGCGAGUGGAGUGGCUGAACAAGGUCCUUGAACAGGCUUGGCCUUACUUUGGGACAAUCAUGGAAAAAACAUUUAAAGAAGUUGUGGAACCAAAAAUUAGAGCAAAGAGUGUACAUCUGAAAACAUGCACCUUUACCAAGAUCCAGUUUGGUGAGAAGUGCCCUAGAAUCAACGGAGUAAAAGUCUACACCAAAGAAAUUGAUAGAAGACAAGUUAUCCUAGACCUGCAGAUAUGUUAUGUAGGAGACUGCGAGAUUCACAUGGACAUAUCGAAAUUUAAUCUUGGGGUGAAAGGUGUACAGUUGUAUGGGACUUUGCGAGUGAUACUGGAACCUCUUCUCACUGAUGCCCCUUUCAUUGGAGCAGUGACAUUGUUUUUUAUGCAGAAACCGCACUUGGAAUUCAACUGGGCAGGAAUGAGCAACCUCCUGGAUGUCCCAGGAAUUAAUGUAAUGUCUGACUCACUGAUUCAAGAUUACAUUGCUGCACGGCUAGUUCUGCCAAACAGGAUCACGGUGCCUUUGAAGAAGAACAUGAGCAUUGCCCAGUUGAGGUUCCCUAUCCCACACGGAGUAAUAAGGGUUCAUCUGCUAGAAGCUGAAAACCUUGUCCAGAAAGAUAAUUUCCUUGGUGCAAUCAGGGGGAAGUCUGACCCAUACGCUCUUCUUCGGCUUGGCACGGUGCAGUAUCGAAGCAAGACAAUUUCCAGAGAUCUUAAUCCCAUUUGGAAUGAGACAUUUGAGUUUGUUGUUCAUGAAGUGCUUGGUCAGGACUUAGAAGUGGACUUGUAUGAUGCAGAUCCAGAUAAAGAUGACUUCAUGGGCAGCUUGCUUAUAAGCCUUCUGGAUAUAAAGAAUGACAAAACAGUUGAUGAGUGGUUUCCCUUAAGCAAGACAACAAGUGGACACUUGCACUUAAAGCUGGAAUGGCUUUCACUAGUAAAUGACCAAGAAAAGCUAUGUGAGGAUAAGAAGGGCCUGUCUACAGCAAUUCUGAUAGUCUACUUGGACAGCGCUUUCAACCUCCCAAAAAACCACUUCGAGUAUUCAAAUGGUGAAUGUGGAGCAAAGAAGAUCAAAAAUAACAAGUACCUCAAGAAGACAGAACGAGAACCUUCCUCCUUUGUCCUGCUCACAGUAGGAAGCAAGACUCAAAAAAGCAAGACCUGCAAUUUCAACAAAGAUCCCAAGUGGGGCCAGGCUUUCACCUUCUUUGUCCACAGUGCUCAUUCCCAAUCACUGCAUGUUGAGAUAAAAGACAAAGAUCAGGAUAGUUGUCUCGGAACAUCAGUGGUAUGUCUCUCCCACUUACUUAAGGACCCAAACAUGACUCUGGAUCAGAGAUUUCAGUUGGACCAUUCCAGUUCAGACAGCUUCAUUAAAAUUAAACUAGUGCUGCGGGCCUUGAAUGUUGAGGAACCUGAUGCACAGAGAGUCAAGACUGGUGUCAGCGCCUCGAAGAAAGGUCCCAUGCAUGUCAUGGAGAAAGGUGGAAACCAGCAGGAGUUUGUCUCCCCACCAAAACCAGAAGUCUCAAAAGUACCUCCUGUGAGCAAAGACACUGCUGUGCGGGAAUCUCAGCCAAAAAAAGACAACAGUGAAGACCUGGACACAAGUAACAGUUCAGCAAUGCCUGCAGCAAGUGAAACUGUUGCCAGUCUUGAUGAGACAGAGAGUGACCAAGAUCUGGAGCAUCGUGUGCCAUCAGCAUUGCACACCAGGGCAGCAGUAGUGCCCACAUUGCCAGUUGUAGAAGAACUGAGGCUUGCACCCAGUGUUACUUCACUGGGUUCUCUGCCUUCCUCUUGCUUUGAACUCAGUAGCAGCAAUCUGGACCUUCAUAAUGGGACAGAAAUGCCUCUGGGAGAGAUUCAGCUCACAGUGCGCUAUGCUUCCAUACGGCAGAGCCUUGUUGUGCUGGUGAAUGGCUGCAGAAACUUAAUACCCUCUUCCAAUCGUGGAGUGGAUCCAUAUGUCCGUAUAUAUCUGCUUCCAGAUAGAAGAUGGACAAGUAGGAAGAAGACUUCUGUUAAGAAAAAAACUCUGAACCCCCAGUAUGAUGAAAAGUUUGAAUUUUUUGAAUCUUUGGAAGAAGUCAAGAGAAGGACACUGGAUGUUGCAGUGAAAAACAGCAGGCCAUUCAUUUCACAGGAAAAAAAGGAGCUGGGAAAAGUGCGGAUUGAUUUGUCACAGGAGGAUUUAAUCAAGGGUUUUACACAGUGGUAUGAGCUGACAAGAAGUAGACGCAAGAAAAACUGAUUUCUUCUCAUGUACAUAAGUUAUUAAUUUUUAAGCUUUGUAUUGACUGUACAUAUCUCUUUUGUAAUUGAAGUGUUUUGAAACAUUCA